AUGGCCGUCCGCCAGUGGGUAAUCACCCUGGCCUUGGCUGCCCUCCUUGUUGUGGACAGGGAAGUGCCAGUGGCAGCAGGAAAGCUCCCUUUCUCAAGAAUGCCCAUCUGUGAACACAUGGUAGAGUCUCCAACCUGUUCCCAGACGUCCAACCUGGUCUGCGGCACUGAUGGGCUCACAUAUACGAAUGAAUGCCAGCUCUGCUUGGCCCGGAUAAAAACCAAACAGAACAUCCAGAUCAUGAAAGAUGGCAAAUGCUGAUCCCACAGGAGCAC